AUGGGUGUGAGUUUGAUAAUUAGUGAGAGUGGGGAAGAUACAGAUAGCAGUGAUGGUAUUAUACAUGAAAACACACCAGCUUCAGCUAUAAACAGAGAUACCCCUACCAUUCCUUUGGCACCACGAAUACUGAAACCUAGUCAACGGAAUAAUUGUUCAUUUUCUAGUCCUAAUACUGAAGGAUUUAAGCCUAUAAAAUUGAGUAAAAAAUUUCGCAGCAAAGAAGAAUGUAAAGAAAUUUCGGGAAGCGAUUACAUAAAUAAACUAUUAGAUGAAAAUAUAUUGAAUAUAUUUCAUCUAUUACCAAGAUUUACUUUAGCUAAAUGUGCUAGAGUUUGUCGAAGGUGGAGUCAUCUAGUGAAACAGAAGUCAUUAUGGCGGAAAAUAGAUUUAUCAAAUAAUACAAUAACACCUAGUACACUAUCUAAUAUUGUUAAUAGAGGUGUUAAGAUAUUACGUUUAGCUAAAUCAGAGAUAUUAGGCAGUGUUAAUGAGAGUAUACUUGGUAAUCAACUUAAUAUCAGUAAUGUUGCUAUACAGUAUUUAGAUUUGAGUAUGGCAAUUGUACCUCCAGAAAUAUUAGAACAGUUAUUUUCACUAUGUCACAAUAUAAAAAAGCUCAGCUUAGAAAAUUGUAAACUUACUGAUUCUAUAUGUAGAUAUAUAGGACAGAAUAGUGAAAUAGAAAGUUUAAAUUUAACUAUGUGUCAAGGUAUAACACAUCAUGGUAUGGAACCCAUCCUCAAUAACUGUAAUCAAUUAGAAUGUUUAAAUAUAAGUUGGACAUGGUUAAAUAAAGAAACUAUAGAGUAUAUAUCUAAUAAUCUACCUAACAGAUUGGUCAAGCUAAAUUGGAGUGGUUGUAGAGAAAAUAUAACAGAUAAUGAAAUUAUGAAAAUAACAGAUCGGUGUAAGAGGUUAAAGGAAUUAGAUCUAAGUGAUUCAACUGUUAUAACAUGUUUAUCAGUACACCUUAUAGCUAGUAAUUUACACCAGUUGGAACAUUUAGCUUUAAGUAGAUGUUACUCUAUUAUACCUACUACUAUACCAGUAUUAUCACAACUUGAAUCAUUAUCAGCUUUAGAAGUUUUUGGUAUGUUACGGGAAGUGUAUUUAACACAUUUACAAGAAAGUAUGCCAAGUAUAGAGAUUAAUAGCUACCCUUUCUCAAGUGUGGCUCGACCAACUACAGGAGUACGUAGAACCAGUAUCUGGGGUAUACGAGUUAGAGAAAGUGCUGUUUAG